GGAGGACGAGGAGGAGGCCGAGGGCCCCGUGGUCCGUCAUGUCCGCCCUGUCCCUGUUCGCCCUGAGCCCCGGGCAGCCCGUCCUCAGGGGCAUCAGCCUCGUCACCUCCGACCCAGGAUCGGGAGACGAUCGCAACGAGGCCGGGCAUCCCGCGGGACCGUCCGGCCCGCAUCCCAAGGGUCCCGAAGUCUCUUCUUCCUCCUCCUCCUCGUCUUCCACCGAGCGGAUGUUCUGCUCCGCCUGUUCCCAGGCAUUCCGGGAUCGCCAGGACCAGAGGGACCACUACAAGCUGGACUGGCAUCGCUUCAACCUCCGACAGCGUCUGCGGGGCCGGGCCCCCCUGCCCGCCGCCGCCUUCCAGGAGAAGAGUCAAGCAGGUGACGUGUCCAGCAUCUCCGGGUCGGAGGACUCAGAGUCCACGGCGGAGGAGUCGGGCCGGAGGAGUCGGACGACGGCGGCGGGGAGCCGGGGGGCCGCCCCCCCCCGGGGGAUCCCACCCCAUCGCGUCCUCUUCCGCAACGCCGAAGGCCGCUUCCUCUCCGCUUUCCGCUGCCUCCUGGGACCCCGCCGGGACGAGGAAGAGGAGGCCGGGGGCGCCGAGCUGGUAGCCCGCCUGGAGCAGGGCGGGCCCAAGGUGUGCGUGGUCCUCAUGGCCGCCGCCGGCCAUUUCGCCGGAGCCGUGUUCAAGAGCGGGCAAGUGGAGACCCACAAGACGUUCCACCGGUACACGGUGCGGGCCCGGCGGGGCACGGCCCAGGGCCUGCGGGACGGCCGGGGGGCCGCCAAGCGCUCGGCCGGGGCCUCCCUCAGGCGCUACAACGAGGCCGCCCUCGGAAAGGAGGUGCGGGAGCUCCUGGCCAGGCCGGGCUGGGCGGACUACCUGGAGGAGGCGGACACGGUGCUCCUGCGGACCCCCCGGCGCGGCCGCGGCCCCUUCUUCGGGCCCCUGCGGCGCCGAGACCCCCGCCUCUGGGACAUCCCCAUCCCCACCCGGCGGCCCACCUUCCGCGAGGUGCGGCGCGUCCUCCGGACCCUCGCCGCGCUGGACGUCCACGACGAAGACCCACGGCAGGUGGCCCGGAAGAGCCAGAAGACUGCCGACGGGAAGAGCGGGAAGGCGGCGGAAGCUCCUAACCACACUGAUGAGGACCCACGGCAGGCGGCCCAGAAGAGCCAGAAGACCGCCGACGGGAAGAGCGGGAAGGCGGCGGAAGCUCCUAACCACGCCGGUGACGCGGCCCUCCUUUCUCGGUCUCCUCUCCUUCCCGACCGACUUUCCGGGCUUCCCUUCUCCCCCUCCGAUGGUGCCGGUCCUCUGUCCGUGUCCCGCCGGUGCCCGCGUCCAGCUGGUAGCGAGGAAGAGGAGGCUCCCCCGGAGCCGGUGGAGGUGACGCUGGGGACCCUGGACCUGCGGGAGAUGGAGGGGGACGGACCCCCGGGCUCUCCCGGCGAGGGGGACGGACCCCCGGCCUCUCCCGGCGAGCCCCGGCGGGACCCGUGGACCACCCUUUACGCGGCCUGCCGGGCGGGGGACGUGGGCGGGCUGCGGGCCCGGCUGGGAGACCCCCCGUCCCCGGGGACGAGCGCCUUACUGAGCGCCCCCCUGGGCCCCGGCCGCUCCACCCUGCUCCACGCCGCCGCCGCCGCCGGGAGGCCCGCCGUCGUCCGGCUGCUGCUGGAGGCCGGAGCCGAUCCCGGGGCCAGGGACGCCCGGGGCCGUGCCCCCUACGCCGCGGCGGCGGAGAGAUCCACCCGGAACGCCUUCCGCAGAUUCGCGGAGGAGCAUCCCGGCGCCUUCGACUGCGGGCGGGCCCAGGUGCCGGGGCCGCUGUCGGCGGAAAUGGAGGCCCGGAAGGCUGCCCGGCGGCAGGAGCGGAAGGCUGCCCGGCGGCGGCGGGAGGGCGAGCGGCGCGAGGAGGAAGAGCGGGAGCGGCGGGAGGAGGAGGAGCAGCGGGCGUUUGCCGCCCUCAGCGACCGCGAGAAGAGAGCGCUGGCGGCCGAACGGCGCCCGGCCGCCCAGCACGAGGCCGCCGCCGGGGCCCGGCCCGCCAACGCGAGGCGCUGCUGGGGCUGCGGCGUCUCCCUGCUGGGCCUGACGCCUUUCCACUACCUCGACUUCCCUUUCUGCUCCACCCGCUGCCUCCAGGAGCACCGCCGGGCGUCCAGCCGGGCCGCCCCCUGACC